AUGGCAGUCACGGAGACAGAGAAGCGUCCUUCCAUGCGCAUGGCGAGAAAUAAGAAGGGCAAUGUGGUCCUCGACCCUGCAGAGGUCGUGGCGCACAUGAUGCCGGACCUCCCCAAUGUGGGCUGGGAGAGGGACCUGGAAUCCUUUAGAGAGUACUUUGAGAACCCUGCAUUCCGCUCUGAUGGUCUCAAGCUCUACCCCACCCUGGUCAUCCGGGGAACAGGGCUUUACGAGCUCUGGAAACAGGGCCUCUACCGCAACUACCAGCCAGAAAAGGUGCUUUUCAACAUCGGCCAGCCAGCCCUCAACCAGCUCAAGCAGAUCAAUGACUCCAAGUCUGGGAACACUCCGGGGCGCAAGCGCCGGUCCGUCGUUGGUGCCGCUGGCAUCGGGACGGCACUGGCCCUUGCCAUGGCUCAGUCUGCAGAUGCCGUGUCGGAGAUCGGACAGCUGGCGGACGGCCGGGGGAACCUUUUCCUGCUGCCUCUCUUCCCUGCCCUUGGAUGGGUGUUGUUCAACAUUGCCCAGCCGGCCAAGAACCAGCUGGAUAACAUGAGGCGGUAG